AAACACGAUUAUUUAUUGACGAGCAACUUAAAAAGCGCGGGAAAGCAAAGGGGCAAAUAGAUUAGGGCUUGUGAAGAGCCGCGAGAGGGCAGAUAUAUUUUUUCGUCAAAUGGACGGCGGAGAUGAAGGAUCGUCGCUCUCAGCCUCACGGACAACCGUCGAUCUCACCGGAGAUAAAGCGGCGGUGGUGGAUCUGACGGGGAAGGUGCAUCAGCUGCCGUGCUGCAUCAAGUACGACGGUCCCGCCUCCGUUUCUCACUACUUCAAGCCCAAAAUCACUGGGGUAGAGGUGGAUGGGCUAAGAGUGGAGGAAGCGUACUUCAGAGGAAGGAAUUUACAUGGAACUACCAUCACUCUUCCCCAGGAUUGCUCUGGCUUUAUCUUGGGAAAGAAAACGCCUGUCGAGGAAACUAAAACCACUAAUUCAGAGUGCUGGGAGACAAAUGCGACUUUUAAAAAUGUCACGGUAUGGAAUCAUGAUGAAAUGCCGUCAAAAGAGGAUGCAUUCGUGCGUGCCUUUCACUGGUUUGCUGUUGCCAACACUCUGCACCGAACAGUCACUGCUGAAGACCUGGAAUCUACAUGUAUUGAUUAGUAAGUGGUCUAAUUAAUCGAGACCCUUUCAUGCUCGAUUUUCACUGGCUUCUACAUAGUGAGAAAUGUGAUAUUUACUUUCCUCUUCUCUGGUUUAAAUUGUACUGCUGUCCAGUAUUAGUAAAUCUACCAUCGUUGCUCCA